CCCCAAAAUAAGCAGGAAUGGGCAGUGACUAGGCACGGUCUCCAUGGAGUAAUUAGGGCCCACGGCAGUGCACAGGAGCACUCCCUGCCCAGCUGUGUGCGGGAGAGCUGCCUGCCACCACCCAGCAUGGAGCUCCUGAGGACUGUCUGCCUCCUCCUUGCUGCGCUCUGUACCUGCGCUCUGUGUCAAGGUGACAUUUCAGACACUACUGUCAGUGCAAAUGUUUCUGCAUCUACAACAAAAACUGAGGAGGAAGAUUUGAACACAAACGUUUCAAGAGCAUCGACACUUCUAGCAACAAAGCUGACAACAACUACAGCCUCAACUAUGACUCUGUCCAUUACAACAAGCUGUAACACAACUACUCCAGCUAAUGCCACAGAAAGUACGACACAACUUACAGCUGCGCAGCAGCCAGCACAGGUGACCCCUACGGCAGGAACUGAAAGUGACAACACCACAAGUGCUGUGCAAGUGAAUGGAACACAGUCUGCACAAAAUGAGAGUUUGAGUGCUACGACUACUAAGACAGGGACUUUGUCUCCUACAACCUCUUUACAAGAAAAUACUACUGCUCCUGGAACCUCAGACCUUUCUGUGAGCACCCUGCCAAUACCAACAGAUUCUGGCAGUACUGGAAACAGUUCCGAAAAAACGAAAGCAUUGGAGGAUACUAUCCAUUACUCUAGUGUUAUCCUGCCCAUUGUCAUCGCCUUGAUUGUCAUUACCCUCUCCGCCUUCUCUCUUGUGGCCUUGUACAGAGUGUGCCAGAAGAAAACUCCAGACAGACAAGAGAACGGCACUGAACAGACCCAGUCAGAUAAAGAAGGUGUCAAACUUCUGUCCGUGAAGACAACUUCUGCUGAGACUGGAGAAAAUUCAUCUCAGGGGAAGAGUAAAGCUCGACAGUGUGAUGAUUCCUCUUCAAACUUCAGCAAUAAAUAUAUGUGAAGCAGCCUGGUUUAAGGACUUCCCACCAAGGUUGCAAUGCCACAGGAACUGUGCAGCAGCUGAAGCUUUUUGCCAGGCAGGACACUUGUGCUAAUGACCAGCCCUUGACUCCUAAGCCUCAAGUGCCUCCUGUCCUUUCUGGAACAACGUGCUUUUUUGAUGGCUUAAUAACUGGUAUAUCAUAUGUAUUUAUUAUGUUCUCAUAUAGUAGAAGCAGGAAAACUCUCAAGAAGGUUGAAGAGGGUGUUUGCAUAGUCAUUAUUACAAGAAUCUUCUGCACAUACAGGAAGGAAUAUGUUAGCAUACUUUGUUGAACUUAUGGUAUUUAAGGUUUUUUUAAUUGUAUGUAGCAAAAUACAAACUUGGCCUGACCCUUGAAACAUUACUGGGCCAACUGUCACAAUGAAAGUUAAUUCAGUGAUUUCCUGGAGACUCCCCACUGAAGCACAUGCUUUACUUGUCAUAAAUGUUUACAGGAUGGGAUGCCUGGGUGAAAUACUGAAGUGCAUGCUUUAUUUCUGUAAAGGGGGGGAAUAUGCUUUGCACUGAUGUUUGCGUUUUUGUUUUUUGAAGUUCUUUAAAUUGCUGAAUAUGGUCCUUGUGAUGUAGCAGGCAACACGGUUAAUUUUCUCCUGUUCCUUGGCUAGCCAAUGCACUAUGCAUGCUGUGAAUGACUCCUCUGCAAGCUGAGGUGCACGGUAGGGAUCAGGAGGAAAAGCAGUUGUGCAGCUGAACCCUGUAUUUGGAGUAAUGCAUGAGAUUCCUGUUGGCUACCGAAUAACUCUGGAAGUUUAAGGAGUAUUUCAAGUGAUGAUUACAGACUCUUAAUCUGUACAGAGCUGAUGCUGCAAAAAUAUCAAGUAGUGCUUCUACCUGCAUGUAUCCUACUCUGCUAGAACUGUAAAUGUUCAAAAAUUAUAUUAAUGUGAGCAUCUGCUCAGCCUCAGUCCACUGGCUCUGGCAGUGUGCUGAGAAGCUCCAUCGUUGUGUUGGGGAAAGGAAAGGAGACAGUUGGUGGUGUAAGUGUGGGGCUGAGAGCCAGGCCAGCAAUUUGAGUUGUGAUACCAUUGAUACAGUGCUUUUGAGGAAACUUCUCUCUCCAGUUUCCCUCUGUGGGUUGAGAAAACUUAACUAGUAGUAUGGGAAAAGAUUAAAUGGUUUUGUUAGUUAUGACAGAUAAAGUGUUCAUUUCCCUGCUUUUGACUGUUGCUCUUAUUUCAUCAGUGAUAGAUCUAAUCCUCUGUCUUAGCAGCACCAAGAGAAAUUUUGAUGAAGUUUUGUAAAAGUUGAGAAAAGAACAAGGGCGCUCUAUGCUGCAGCUGAACUUCCAUGGUCUGUUUGGGUGCUCCUGGGUCACUUGGGUUACUCCAGAGCAGAGGAGUUUUGUACCUUUCUAAAGCAAGUAGAAAACUCCUCUGCUCUAGAGCAACCUUUAGAAGGGUCAGGUUGCCUAAAAUAUACCAGAUAGCAUCUGCAUCUAUUCAGAUUCCUGAUUGCUGAAGUUUCCAAUGAAGAAAGAAAGCAAUCAUUGUGCAUUUUCAUGUUGAUUUUAAAAUAUUUUUGUAGCAUGUUGCAUCCUACUGAGAGGACAGUAGAAAAGACCAGAGAAACAUUACAAAAAAUAUGUGUAUGUGUAAAAUUUGUUCAUUACCUCUAUGAUGUGUCAAGAAGAGAAAACAACUUCCUAUUAAAAGUUAUUAUCCGUAUUAAAAGGCUCUACUUUUUCUCUUUGCAGAAAUGCAGUUCAUUACCUGUGCCUAGCACCAGAGAUGGCCACUGCGCUGCACUGCUGUGGCACAGGGUGAGCUGAGCACAUUGCUAUGAGCCCAGGCAUCAGGUGCUCCAGGCAUGGUAGGCAGGGGAGGACCAGGUCCUGCAGAUGUGCUGAGGAGUGCAGGAAACUACUCCUUCUUGCAGAUGGUGAGGGGAGAGAAAAGGGCUUGCUGCAAAUCACUAGCUAUUGUAUUUGUCCAAAACACCUGCUUGACACUUUCUAGUCACUAGCAUGGCCAAAAACAUGUGCAAGGGGCCUGUAGUACCCUUGUGAAACAUCAGCAGAGCUGUCUGAUUCAUCAUGGAUUAUUCCAGUGGGAACAUAGGAGCAGUGGGAAUAGUUUGAAGGCAGAAUCCCAGCCUUCCUGCUCCCAGCCUCGCCACUAUCCAAUAUGGUCUGUGGACUCCAGUAGGCAUUAGGUACUCUAAAAAUCCACAUGCAGCUCAUUUUGGCACAUUGGGCAGAUGUCUACAAUGUGUGCUGGCCAUCAGCUGGCCAUUCUGCUCACUGUUCUGCUUCCUGUACUGUGGGACUCAACACACCAUGUCUGUGGACAUAGCUAAGUGCAGGCUGCUAUGGCACGACUCAGAAAGGUUCUCAAAUGCACAAAUAUCACCCAGAGACCUCUGUGCUGCCCAGGAAGGCUGAGCAUUGGGCAAGGUUUGGCCCCAUGUCCCCUCCAAUACUCUGCAGCCAAGAGCAAAGAUCUCUCAGGGCCUCCCCAGAACCAUCAGUUAUGGCUCCUCAAUUUCUUCAAAUUAGGACUCUAUAUCUAAUAAAAUAAGUGAGCUUAAAGAUUACUCUGUCAAUUGAGUCAGAUUUUUUUCCGUUUAUGGCCAAGGGCAACCCAUAAAGCACAGACUUUAAUUAACCCCAAUGAAUGCAGCGGAUAUGAAACACCAGUGCUCUUGAAAUACGGCUGAAAGGUCUUCUGAGUUCCCCCACACCCAUCCUGCAAGCUCACUAGCCCCAGGAAGAGCAGAACAGUGCCAAGAUGCACCUCAGGACAAGAAGCCACAUACAGAGGUAAAUCCCAUUUCUUUCAGCAGCAAAAGUUCACCCAGACUCAAGGCCAAGAUCUCAGGCUGAGGGCAAAAACAAACCCAUGGCUGGCAAAGCCCUCCUCUCUACUGCGGGCAUCAGGGCAGACACCCACUGCUGGGACCUCAUCAGAGCACUACCAGAGCAGCACCAGGCACUGCAGUGACAACUUAGAAACAUCAUCCCCCAAUAACUACAUAAAACCAGGAGGGAGGACAGGAAUACUGAUGCUUUUCAUCUUCCAUUCCACAGCACUUUCAGUUCCCCCAGGUGUGGUGCUUUCCGGUAGAAGAACAGCUGUAUUCUUUUGCCCUUUUUUACUAUUUUCAACUUUCAGAUUUCCUCAUGAACCAGCAGGACACCUCCCUGCCUGGAGUCGUUGUUCUUCUUCCCAGAGCAAUUCAUUCUGUCCUUCUCCUCUCCACUUUCCAUCUGCAUGCUCCAUUGGCAGCAUUAAGCCACCUCCGCUGCCCCAGGGCUGCUGUUUGGAUGAUGUUAAACAACUAAAACACGAUUACAGGCAGCACAGCACAGCAGAGAACAAACCAGCAAAAAUCCAACCAUACAUAAUGCCAUGGAGCCCGUGCAACUGUCCAUCUCCAGCUCUAGGAGAUAAUUCAGCUUUUCUGAGGAGCAAUAAUGAGCCUUCUGCACAUGCCUCAGUUCCCAGCAACGCCAAGGCACGUUUCUUCAUGCAUGGACACACAGAUGAGCUGGAUUGUCCUCAUGGCUCCUCGAGACUGCCAGCUUUGCACUUCAGGCCUCUUCUCACUGCUCUACGUGCAGGCUGUUCUUCUAAGAACUUCAUACAUGUGAGUGCACUGUCUGGCUGCAGCUGAUGAAGCAAGGGAAGAGGGUGAGGUGGAGCGUGCUGAGUGCAGCCCAUUUAACUGGGGGAUGAUGGGGGACAGAGCUGAGCUUUGCUGCCCCACUCCAGACCCUCAAUACGCUGUGCCUGUCCUUCAGAAGCCACCACGGUGGCACCACCAGGCAUAUGGCUGCACUCCCAGGCAGGUUUCUUGCUGCUGUUAUUUUGCACACUCCUUUGUGGCAAUAAGUGCCACUGUUUGCAAAGGAUGGAGAUUUUGGUGUAUCUUCCAUUCCCCCAAAGCCUGGAUGUGACCAGGGGAGCAGAGAAAGCUCUGGGGUCCCUGGUUAGAAAUGUUUCUUCCAGCCGGUGGAUGGAUCUGUUACUCUUCCAAGGGAUCCCCUUCAGCUUCACUGCAGGUCUGAAUUAACCUGUUCCUAAUGCUCCUUUGCCUGCUGGGGCCAGCCUUGGGCACCUAUGGCUGGGCAGCAGACUGACACCUGGCACUUGGAGCAUGCUGAUGGGGCACC